UGUCAAUUCAUUUUGAAGGAUUGAAUGUAGCUUUUAAAGGCGCGCUUUUAAAAGUAAUGGAGUCAGAUAUUUAAAAAAGGUUAUCUUGAGCUAUAUCAAAUGGUGCAGUUCGAAAGAGUUUACUCCAGUAGUUUUCCAGAAUUAUUGAAUGCAGUUCUGAAAUGCGGGUCCACGCUCAAUGUAAACAAAGGUUGGAUUUGCCACAAAACGCGUGGGAGUUCAAAUCAAAUGACUACUUAAAUUGGUUGUAGUCUGUGGAGGGAAGCAAGUACAGCUGAUUAGUUUAAAGUUUGACCUUUUUUGUCACUUCAGCCCGUGUGUCUGUAUGGGAACGACGGGCUGCUGCCUGCCCGCUGGCAGCUGCGGUACACUGGGAAGCCUCUGCUGGACCAGAUGCUGUCCUCCCCCACGCUGCUGUGGCUGGGACCCCGGCUCGGCCUGGACACCCAGACCACCAUGGAGCUGCUGUGUCUUGUUGGGGCUUUGCUGAGCCUCGCUGCCGUGCUGAUGGAGGCUUUCAGAGACAGCCUGGUGUUUUUCUGCCUCUGGGCCUUGUAUCUUUCCCUGUACCAAGUUGGUCAGGUUUUUCUCUACUUCCAGUGGGACAACCUGCUGUUAGAGACGGGGUUCCUCUGUAUCCUUGUUGCUCCGCUGACAUUAAUCAGGGGGUCCCGGGCGGUCCGUGAGCACGAUCGCGUGACCUUCUGGCUGAUUCGCUGGCUGCUCUUCAGGCUGAUGUUUGCCUCCGGUGUGGUGAAACUUACAUCACGAUGUCCCACAUGGUGGGGUCUCACAGCUGUGACGUAUCACUACGAGACUCAGUGCAUCCCCACGCCUCUGGCCUGGUUUGCGCACCAGCUGCCGGUCUGGUGGCAGAAGCUGAGUGUGGUGGGCACCUUUGUUAUAGAGAUCCCCGUACCUUUUCUCUUCUUCAGUCCGCUGCGCAGGCUGCGGCUCGGAGCUUUUUACAUGCAGGUGCUUCUUCAAGUUCUCAUCAUUAUGUCUGGGAACUACAACUUCUUCAAUCUGCUGACGAUGGUCCUCUGUCUGUCUCUGCUGGAUGACCAGCACGUUAACUUUUGGCUGCGCAAGACAGACGAGAGCAACAACGAGAACAGGGACUCCAGGUGGCUGUCGUGGCUGUGUUACCUGUUGGAGCUGCUUGUGUGGUCUCUCCUGAUCUGUGGAACAAUCCUCUGCUUCGAUCUGCAGGUGGACACGACCAAGAAGAGCAUCUCAUCCCGUACAGCCUUCACCUACCACCAGUUCAACUCGUUUCUGAAGAGCGUCACCAUCCCCUGCGUCUGGAUCGGUGUCCUCUCUCUCACCUGGGAGAUGGUCACGUCCAUGUUCAGGUGCGCUUGUGUUUCUGGUUUCUGGAAGAGGUUUGGGAGGAUGAUGCAGUGGACGGUGUUCGCCGCUGCCUCUGCUGCCAUGUUUGCUGUCAGUCUGGUGGGUGGCGGAGAGUCCAGAAUCAAACAAAAACUGGAGAAGCUGAAAGUUCCAUUCACCUACAUCGAGUUCGACUCGAACGCCAGGUUGUGGCCAGGAGUGCGUCAGGCCUACGAGGCGGUGGACCGCUACCAGCUGGUCAACUCGUACGGCCUGUUCAGGAGGAUGACCGGGGUGGGCGGGAGGCCGGAGGUGGUCAUCGAGGGCAGCAGCGAUGGGGUCGCGUGGACGGAGAUUGAGUUCAUGUAUAAGCCGGGGAACCUGAGCGCCUCUCCUCCGGUCCUGACGCCUCAUCAGCCCAGGCUGGACUGGCAGAUGUGGUUCGCCGCUCUGGGGCCUCACACCCAAGCUCCGUGGUUCACCAGUCUGAUGCACCGACUGCUGCAAGGCAAAAGAGACGUGAUUGAGCUGAUCCAGACAGACGUGUCCAAGUAUCCGUUUCAGCAGCAGCCGCCUGCCUUCCUGCGAGCUCACCGCUACAGAUACUGGUUUACUGAACUCAAGGCUGACGGAUCGUAUCCGCAGCGUUGGUGGAGGAGGGUCUAUGAUGAGGAGUUCUAUCCCGUAGUGCAUCUGGGGAGCAGUUUUCUGGAGGGCAUGCUCAACCAGUAUGGACUAAAGGACAAGUCUUCCCCUCGUCGUAUCUCCAACACCACCCUUGCCCAGGCGGUGCGGUGGGUGCGCUCUCAGGUCCGAGGCGUUCCCGCCCCCGCCCUAAUAUGGACGCUCCUCGCUUGCAGCGCCACCUUCUGUCUGCUCCGGGGGUUGCACGCCAAAAAUAACCCCACAGAACGGAGCUCGUCCUCCGCCGAGAAGACGAGCGAUCACACGGACGGCGCCGACGUCUGCUCGUCCGACCACCUCGAGGAAAAGCACGAGACAGAAGAGGAGGACGAAGAGGACGGAGCGAACACAGAAGACGAGGCGGAGAAGAGCGAGAAAAACAAUAUUGGUGAGGAUGAGGACGAGGAUGAAGAAAACGAUGAGAAACUGGAUGAACGUUUUAAAUAAAAGCCGCAGGUAAUCAUGUUGGAGACUCUGAUCACCGUUUGCCUUCAUUAAAUGACACCAAAUACCAAA